CAGAGCGGCCAGGCCGGCAGCGCGGAGCCAUGCCCAAGGGCAAGUGCGACCAACGCGGCCAACAACGCGCCGGUGCCUGGUUUGCUCAUGUUGGAGCAUGCCAGAGUCAACCUGAGUCAACUACAAGCUCGACACUAAAACAAGCCCAGAACUCAGGAGCAGCUCAGUCUGUUGAGGAGAGAUUGCCGCAAGCGUUCAGAGCUCGGGAGAAUGGAGCAAGGAACAAAAAUUUCCCAUUUUCUUCUCAUGACAACAGACACUGUCUACGGAAUGUGGGAGAGUACUUUGAUUCUGGUAUGGGCCGGAGGAAGGUGGAACCAGAGAGACGGCAACAGAACUCACACAACUUCUUCCUAUGGGCUCAUGAACCAGUUCCUAGCAACGAGGAUGGCUUAACCACUUACCAGACAUCAUUUAUGAAAAAUGAAAAUACUGAGAGCCCAUUUUACAAGCGGUUUCCAAAACACGACUUGGAAAAAUGUUGCACUGACAGAGCCGUUCCUGAGAAUGGAAAACAACUGCAGCCAAACAAGUAGUCUUAAUUAUAAAAACACCUUUCAAGCAUCGACUUAUCAUCAUCAGAGCCUUUUCUCAAGAUCUGAACUACUCGUUGCUCAAAUGGAUAAUGAAAUAAAUAUAUGUGUAAAGUGAA